UUUUUAAAACUCUUUUCUUUCUUUUUUUUUUUUUUUGCAUAAUUACAAGGCACAAAAUGGAACACUCAACCCUCAGAAUAACAUGCGUCUUGGUGGUUAUCUGUCUCUUGGAUAAAAGGGUAGACUCCAAUGAAAUCUUGGGCCUGAAGCUCCCCAACAUCGACCCGAUCCUGAAUGCCAACACGGUGUGUCUGACACUGCCGGGUUUGACACGGCGCCAGCUGGAGGUGUGCAUGCGUAACCCAGACGUGACGGCUUCAGCAAUCCAGGGAAUCCAGAUUGCCAUCCACGAGUGCCAGCACCAGUUCAGAGGGCACCGCUGGAACUGCUCCAGCCUGGAGACUAGGAACAAAAUACCCUACGACAGCAUAGUCUUUAAAAGAGGUUUCAGAGAGAGUGCCUUUGCAUAUGCCAUCGCAGCAGCAGGUGUGGUGCACGCAGUAGCCAAUGCCUGCUCCAUGGGGAAACUGAAGGCAUGCAGCUGUGACGAGAAGCGGCGUGGGGACGAGGAGGCCUUUCGCAUCAAACUGCACCGUUUGCAACUGGAGGCAAUCCACCGGGGGAAGGGUAUGGUACACGGCGUCAUGGAGCACUUCCCUGCCGAUCUGCCGGGACCCCAGGACUCCUGGGAGUGGGGCGGCUGCAGCCCCGAUGUGGAAUUCGGCGAGAAGUUCUCGAGGGACUUCUUGGAUGCCCGCGAAACCUACAAGGACAUCCAUGCCCGUAUGAGGCUGCAUAAUAAUAGAGUUGGGAGACAGGUGGUGCUCGACCACAUGAGAAGGAAAUGCAAGUGCCACGGGACGUCCGGGAGCUGCCAGCUGAAGACCUGCUGGCAGGUCACCCCAGAGUUCCGGGUCGUGGGCUCGAUCCUCAAAGAGCGCUUCCACAUCGCCACACUUAUCAAGGCUCACAACCGAAACACUGGACAGCUCGACCACUCCCACCACAACAACCACCACAACCACCAUAACCAUCACAACCACCACCACCAUCACCAUCAUCAGAACAACCACCACAAUCACCACCACCACACACAUCGGCGACGGCCAAGCAUCAACGAACUGGUCUACUUUGAAAAGUCGCCAGAUUUCUGCGAGCGGGACCUGGGCUCGGACUCAGCGGGCACGCAGGGCCGGAUCUGCAACAAGACCAGCCCUGGCAUGGACAACUGUGAGAGUCUGUGCUGCGGGAGAGGCCACAACAUCCUGCAGCAGACGCGGAGUGAACGCUGCAAUUGCAAGUUUCACUGGUGCUGCUAUGUGGUGUGCGAAGAGUGCAGGAUAACAGAGUGGGUCAGUGUCUGUAAAUGAAGAAACACACACUAAAAGACUAUACACAAUAAAGAAAACUAAGAAAAAGAGACUUUUUAAAAUCAAGACUAUCAAUUUAAAAGGGGAAUAUGACUGUAAUAUAUGUGCCCCAUACCUUUUUGCGGUGGACUGCUGUUUUCCAGGAGAGAAAAGACAACAGUAUAAAGCAGCUGAGCCAGCAAAGAGAUAGAUAUGCAUUUUGGUAAAGAGUGAGCACAUGUGGCAUAUGUCUAAAGCUGCCACAACUCAGAAAGCUUGGAUGAUUAUUGCUUUCAUCUUGAGACAAAGGAACAUAGUUAUAUCAGAUAAAUAUCUGAACGCUCCAAAUAUGAAAUUUGGGCUUUGGCAGACUAUUGUUGUUUCAUCAGCAUAUGUUGACUGACGUACAGCUGCAUGAGAUUCAGGUGAGCAAAGAGGAUGUUGAGCAUAAGCAGUAGAUUGCAUGCAGAAAGAAAAUAAUAUUGCUUCAUAGCACCAGCAAAAGGCAGAAAAGCUGAUGUCUGCAUCCCAUGAAACUUAAAAAAAUGGGGGAAGACAUCUGUUUUGUGUUGUUUUUUUUAAAAGAUCGUACAUUAUACAGUAGUCCCUCCAUCACAUAUAUGAUGACUUACAGCAUAAACACAGUCAUGUUACACAGUAUUUGCCAUAUAUCUCCUAUUUACAACAUACAGGGACAAAUACAGAUCUUUUCACUCAUCAGGAUUCACAGUGCACACUAUCUCGCUAUCUGACACAGCACAACACACCUGGAGCACUUAAAGGGCAGUUCAGAAGUUCCAAUGUUUAUAAGAAGUAUCAUGUUACAGCUAAAAAUACAUCAGAGGAUUGUCUUUUUGGUAAAAAAAACAAAAA